AUGUCGUUGCGAGAAGAGGGCCGCUGGGCGCGCGCCGCCGAUCUGUACGAGCAGGCCGUCUCGCAGGACAGCACGGAUGCCAAGGCGUGGUCGAACCUGGCUCAGGCGCGGUUGAAUCUGCAAGAGUACCCACAAGCCUUCUCAGCAGCAACGCGCGCGCACGACCUGGACCCCACGAACCCCAAGCCUCUCUACAGAUUAGCAUUGGCACAGAGGGGGAUGAACGAGCCGCAGUCUGCUCUCUCCACCCUCGCGUCCGCUCCGCAAGUGCCCGAGAUCCAAACCCUCUCUGCCGAGAUAAGGAACGAUCUCGAGGUCCAACACCUAAAGAGUGAUCCGGGGUCGCAGGCCGGUCUCCAGAGUUUACGGGAGGGCUUCAUAAGGCGUGAAGGCGCUGAUGGGAGUACGCGGAGCGGGGAGCAGCAAAGGGCCGAGAGGGCACGGGUCUGGGCUGGCGAAGAUGUUAGAGAGAGGCAGCAGGAGAGUAGUGCCGAGAGGAGGGCGAGGGAUGCGGCUUUGCAGAAACAGGCCCGGGAGAAGGAGGAGAAGAGGAGGGAUACCGAGGGGUGGGCGCGAGAGCAGGCUGGACAAACGCAGGCGGGACAAACGCAGGCGGUGCAGGGGGGGCGAAAGGCAUCGGGCGAGGCAAUGGACGUGGACACUACGCCUCCGAGUACAGCUCCGACGACGCCAUCAGUGUCCACGGCGGGGAACGAACCGAGGAAUUCCUUUGCGGCCCUCAAGGCGGCCAAAGCUGCCCGGAGGAGCUAUGCAGAUGGAGGCAGCGGGAUGCCGGGCCUCGUGCCCGUCAGCACGACGCGGACGACGCCUCCUGCUCAGAGUGCGCCUGCGCAUGUGAGGCAGCCGUUGGUCCAGACCGCUCCUCCGUCGGCUGUCCCCUCUGCUGUGAACACGGCGGUGCAGUCUGCGGUCCAGUCUGCGGUCCAGUCUGCGGUCCAGUCUGGCGUCCCUUCGCCCGUGCCCACUCCCAAUCCUCGGCCUGCUGCUUCCCAGUCUGCCCCGCCUGCUCAAGCUGUUCAGCCUCCUCAACCUCCAGCUGUUCAGCCCGCUCCCUCUCAGCGCGCCCAACCUCCCCAACCACCGGCCCAGCCCGCACCCAGCUUCGCCCCGCCCUCCAACCCGCACUCCACAGCAGCCGGGGCCGGUCUCUCCCUCCUGCGCACACUUGCCGGCCUCUCGCCACAGGACGCUUUCGCCUAUCUUCGGCACUACACGCCCGCCGUGAUCUCCAAGGUCAUGGACGGCCUGCUUGAUCCUGAUGCGCUUGGGCUUAUUCUGCGUGCCCUCCGGGCUGGAGCUGGGAGCGGUAACGAUGAUUGGAUCAAGCAGGUUAUUGCUGGCCUUAAGAGUAAUAGACGCUGGAGAAUGACGGAACUCAUGCUGCCCAAGGCUGAACGGGAGGCGCUUGCCCGCUUGUCCUAG